CCUGCUCGCGAGACAGAAAAUAGGAGGGCUUUAGACUAAUCAGGACCUCAGACGAGUGCGCCCUCCGGAGCGAGGUGUGGAAGUCAAGGUGGACAGCAGCGACUAAUCAAUGCACUCGCCCGAUACUACACUCGCCUUAGGAGCGGAACAGUAGCUCGCGUUUGAUUUUACACGCUCAACUGUGUUAUAUCGUCUCCGAAUGAACAGCCAUGGGGGAAUGGACAAUUCUCGAGCGUCUCCUGGAGGCGGCUGUCCAACAGCACUCUACUAUGAUCGGGAGGAUCCUACUGACAGUGGUGGUGAUCUUCCGGAUUCUAAUUGUUGCAAUUGUAGGAGAGACCGUGUACGACGACGAGCAGUCCAUGUUCGUGUGUAACACUUUACAGCCAGGCUGUAACCAAGCUUGCUAUGACAAAGCGUUCCCUAUAUCUCACAUCAGAUACUGGGUGUUCCAGAUCAUCAUGGUUUGCACACCCAGUCUGUGCUUCAUCACAUACUCGGUGCAUCAGUCGGCCAAACAGAAGGAGCGGAGAUACUCCACAGUAUACCUGUCCCUAGACAAAGAUCCCGAUUCAAUGAAACGAGACGACAGCAAAAAGAUCAAAAACACCAUCGUGAACGGAGUACUUCAGAACACGGAAAACUCCACCAAAGAAUCCGAGCCCGACUGUUUGGAAGUGAAAGAAAUCCCCAGUUCAGUCAUGAGAACUACCAAAUCUAAAAUGAGAAGACAAGAGGGCAUCUCGAGGUUUUACAUCAUUCAGGUGGUUUUCAGGAACGCGCUGGAGAUCGGCUUCUUGGUUGGCCAGUAUUUCUUGUACGGAUUCAACGUUCCAGCUGUGUACGAGUGCGAUCGCUACCCUUGCAUCAAAGACGUCGAAUGCUACGUUUCGAGGCCCACUGAGAAAACCGUGUUCCUCGUCUUCAUGUUUGCGGUCAGUGGGAUUUGCGUGGUGCUCAACCUUGCAGAACUCAAUCACCUGGGCUGGAGGAAAAUCAAAACGGCGGUGAGGGGGGUUCAGGCCAGGAGGAAGUCCAUAUACGAGAUUAGAAACAAGGACUUACCGCGGAUGAGCAUGCCGAAUUUCGGCCGCACCCAGUCGAGUGACUCUGCCUAUGUCUAAUGCUCCUUCAUCAGUAGUUCAUCAGAGCAGAGGUGCUCAAUCCUGGUCCAGGAAGACCUCAGGAUGCACAUUUUGGAUGAAACACACAGUUGAAGUCUUGGAGCCUCUAUUCUAAAUGAAUAGCUAACUCAAAAAUGAAAAUUCGACCUCAUGUCGUUCCAAAUCUGUAUGACUUUCUUUCUUCUGUGGAACACAAAAGAAGAUAUUUUGAAGAAUGUGUUGGUCCAUGCAAUGAAAGUCAAUGGGAUAACACUGGACCCCAUUGACCCUACUGAGAUUUUUUUCAAAAUAUCUUCAUUUGUCGUCUACAGAACAACAUUAGGGUGAGUAAGUCAUGACAUCAUUUUCAUAUUUGGGUCCCAAUGGCAUCCAAAAUGCACUUCUGGAGGACCCCAGGACCAGGAUUCAAUUAUUCCAACCACUGCAUUCAAUGAUAUACAAGAAAAGUUAUGAACUGUUCAUCUCACCUGUUUCAUGGUGGGGUAGAUGGAUUUUAUUCGUCUGUUAUGAACAACCAGAACAAACGGACCAAAUGUUUGUUUCUUAUCAGUUACUGAAGGGCACUGAUGCAACUUUUUUAUUGGUCAGAACGGAAAGCUUGCAAUGAGUUUUCGACAUUUAUUUCUUCGUUCACACGAUCAGCUGAACCCGAAAUAUGUUUUGCACUAAAUAUGGAUUUAAAGAAGCCAAAACGAACCCGAAUUGUGCUGUGAAGGUCUUUUGUUUCAUUAUAUUGUAUUCUCAUUCUGGUUUUAGCUCGCACAUGUGAUAGUUUCAGUUUACUCACCGCAACUAGUUAGACCGCAGUUCACAUAUGUUUAUCUGUACUAUAUGAAUCAUAUCUCUCUUCUGGCUUAGAUAGAUUGGCAUCUUUAAUGAUUUGGUUGCCUGUGCUUGCACCACUGACCUUAACGUAAGUUAUCGUUCUGUUAUAUUUAAGCUGACUUGCAGAUCAGCAGCCGGUGAACUGGCCAAUGCUGCAUAAUGCUUAACUGUCUAUCUUUUGUAUUUAUUUAUUUAUUAAUGUAUUGGAUUGAUUUAUUUAUUUUUGACACCAAAGCGCCCAUUGCUUUCAUUUGUGGGAAACAGAUAUAUUGCUUUUAUGUAUUCAAGUGCCAUAUGUGUAAAUAGAUAUAUACAUAUUAUAGUAUAUUGUAAUCCUUAUCAUGAGAUAUGAAUUCCAUGAACUCUUUGCGUGGACUGUUUUAAAGGAUGUCCGAUCCCUUUAAUGUGAGAUGUUUGGGAAUGGAAGAGUGGGAAAAAAUCAUCCAUCCAUGUUUUACAUUCAUGAAAAGUAUGAUAUUGCAUUUAAAGUACAUAUAAAGCACAGUUGAUCAGAAAUCAGUGAAUAAGGGGUUGAGAUUCACUUCCCCUGGUGCUUCUAUUUCUCAAAAAAAAAAUGAUGUU